UACCUGACAUAAAGUUACUCCAUCUACCUGACUUACAGGUACUCCAUCUACCUGACAUAAAGUUACUCCAUCUACCUGACAUACAGGUACUCCAUAUACCUGAUAUACAGGUACUCCAUCUAUCUGACAUACAGGUACUCCAUCUACCUGACAUACAGAGCUUGGCACAAGACCAUGGCUGAUUCUGGUGAUUGGAAUGAUGGGAAAGGAAUGUGGAAAUUUAUAAUGGAAGUUGUGAGAAACAGGAAGAAACCAACAUCUUCAAGAUCUAGUAGAACAGAUCAGGAUAUUGAGAUACUGGCUAAGGAGGAGGGGGAGUUGAAUUAUCUCCAGGUGAAGGAGGAGAAGAAAGAGGCGGAGGAGAAAACAAUACAAUUUAAUAAAGAAAAAGAUAAAAAUAUGAAGGAUACUAAAAUGUUCAGAAUGGAAUAUGAAACCAAACACAAUCAUUUACAAAAUAAAACUACUCUAAACCCUGAUGAUACUCUUCUUGAGCUUCAACCCUAUCAACCAACUGAUCAAUGGACCAGGAGAGAAAACUUCCAUCAAAGACUGCAAAGACAUGAAACCUCAAUCCUGGUUCAGCAUAGACAUCAGAAAAUCCAGGUGUGCAGAUCAACUGAAGAUUAUGAAUACAAGAGCAAAAGACAAGAAGAAGAUGAGAAACUGAUUCAAAGAAUAGAAGAAGAAGAAAGAUUGCUUAGACUCAGAGAAAAUGAAGAAAAUAAUUUCCGACGAAGAGAGGAUGAAGCAAUGAUUCAUGAACUAAUGGAUGAAAUCAAUCAAGCAAAUGAGAAUGAAGAUGGUGGUCAAGUGAUGAAUAGGAAUGAGCUUGAACUGCUGAUAAGGUUGAGGAGUGAAGAAGAUAUGAAGAUGCUAUUGAACCAGGAGAGAAUAGAAGAGUUAGAUAUUCUUCAACAGUUUAGAAGACGUGAAGAAUUGGAGUCACGUUAUACAUGGCUAAACAGGGAGGAUAUAAGAUAUAAACGUUCUAUCUCUGAGUAUGGAAGAGACUGUGAUGAGUUUAGAGUAGGGAUGGAUGAGCAGGCAUAUAUUGAACUCCAGGAUCUGGAUUUAUUGGAUGACAAUGGAUAUCAGAUUAUUUAAUGAAUAAACAUGUGAGUGGAUAUAUUAUUCCUCUGUAAGAAAUGGACCGAAAUAUGGAUACAAAACUUUGAUAGAAUACAAGAAUGGAUAUCAUGCCUAGGUGCCUGUAAUAAAUUGAGUUAAUUGUAGAAACAGAACUUCCAAUAGAAUAUAAGAUUGGAUAUCAGAGCUUAAAUUGGAGAUAAAAAAGCUGUAAUAGAUUACAUAUUUACCAUUUCUAUAAUAAAUUUAAUGAAAUAUGAAAUUGUUAAUUAGAAAAGGUGAGUAUUGAACAGUACAAAACUUAUGAAGACAGAAAAUUACACGCAUUUAUAGUUUAAGAGUCUAGGUACAAAAUAAUGAUUUGUUGGCUGUCCAAAUAUUUGAGAAAUAGUAAAUAAUUGUGUACACUGUACACUGUACAUAUCUUUUGAUUUGUACACAUUUUGUGUGAGAAAAUGUAUAGACAAAUCAGUGUACAGAAUUUUAUAAAAAUUGCUUGAUUUUUGGUUUAAAUAAACUGC